UGUUUUUUGGAUUUUGAAAUUUCCUUUAAACAAAUAAACUUCAAAUAAAAUCUGUUUUUUUUAAUUAACAAAUGUCUGGUUUUAUUAUAAUAUGAACUGACUUGUGGCUAAGUGAGUGUUUGGGUGAUUUAAUUCUCUGGCAUGAACCUGAUCACCAGUCUGACCUAUAAGGACCCCCUCCACUCUCUAUGCCUCCCUCCCCCUUUUCAGAAUAAAAAAUCCUGAUCGGAUUGAGAAAAAAAUUGGUGCCAAUUUAAAUCCUCUGAGAUUGAAGAGAAAAGUGGCCCCGCCCCUCCUACUGAUUUGACCCCUGAUUGGCUGCUGCUGUGAUCCCCGGAGGAUGCGUCAGAAUAAAUGGAGCCCGCCAAAUCCGCAUCCUCCAUCAUCAUCAUCAUCAUUAAUCAGUCAAAGGUCUCUUCCGAACCAUGACGGCCAGGGACGAACUCACAGAAGAGAAGCCCAGAGUGAAAUUGCUCUCCUCUGGCCUUGGAAUGGACAAAACCCGCCCCCAUCACGGGUCCGGGUUCCGGUCCAAAGGUUUUGCCAUCACGGACCUGCUGGGCUUGGAAUCGGAUCUUCAGGCUCGGCAUCAGCAGCAUCGGGUCACAGAAGGAGGAGGAACAGUCUCAAGUUCGGGUUCCGGUCCUGGGCCGGAGUUACAGAUGGCGGCGGGCGGCGGCCUUGGCGGGGUCUUCUUUUCUCCGGGCCGGGUCCUCCCCGCCGGGGGUUGUGUGCAUGUGCGCGUGUGCAGGACGGUGUUCACGUCUCAGCAGCUGGAGGAGCUGGAGAAAGCUUUUCAUGAAGCUCAUUAUCCUGACGUUUACGCCAGAGAGAUGUUGGCCAUGAAGACCGAGCUGCCGGAGGACAGGAUCCAGGUGUGGUUCCAGAACCGCCGGGCUAAGUGGCGGAAGCGGGAGAAGUGUUGGGGUCGCAGCAGUGUAAUGGCGGAGUAUGGGCUCUACGGGGCGAUGGUGAGACACUCCAUCCCUCUACCAGAGUCAAUCCUCAACUCUGCCAAGAACGGCAUGAUGGGAUCGUGCGCCCCCUGGCUGCUCGGUGAGCACACUGCACGAAUGCACAAAAAGUCUUUAGAAAUAACAAAAACCUGUCCCAGCCCUCUGGAAUCAGACUCUGCCCACUCCGACUCCUACUGUGACACCAUGGGGCAAGGGGGCAGUGAUAGAAUCGAGGCCAGGAAAGUGGGGCAUGAAGAAAAACUUUUGGAUCAAGAGCAAGAGGAGGAAGUGGCCAUUGAUCUGUCCAGCUCCUCCAAACAACAACCACAGCAGCAAGGAGCGUCAGCGAGGCAUGUGUCUGCAGCCCAGCAACAGAGCAGCAGUGAAUCAGACGAACACAGCUGAAGGCCAGCUUCAGUUGCUUCUGUUUAGUGAUGUAGAAAAUGGACAAGCUUUCUUCUUUUGAAUCAAGAACUUGCAAGAUAUUCAAUGUCAUUGAACGAAAUGUUCAUUGACAUUGAUGUCACAAACAUAAUCACAAUCAUUCCUGUCCUGCUUUAUCAGCUAUUUUCCUACAGGUAGGAUCACACCAGUGAAGAAUAAUAUGGAAAAAAUAUCUUUUAUUUUUUAAUGGCUUUUUUGAAAAUUCAUAAAACUUCUGUUGAUCAUGAAGACACAC